AUGUCAACGAUGAAAAAAUUAUGUGCCAUUGAUUCAAUUAUUGAUCAUGAAAUUGCUGUUAAUGGAUUAAAUGAUAGUAACUUUAAACGAUUACCGUAUUCAUUUAAUCUUCCUUAUUAUACUAUGUGUCUGAAUACAGAAAUACCGUCAAACUCAUGUGAUUCACUCGAUCUUGACUUUAUCGAAAUGUUUCAAUCUCUUGUGUUAACGUGCAAUUCGGAUGAUCCACCAAGUCAAUGUCAGUUGCCAAUUGCAAGGCAGCUUUCAAAUAUAAUAUUUGAAAAAAAUAGUAAACAUAUAAGUGCUGAUCAAGCGCUCCAUAUAGCAGUAAUUUUACCGGUAAUCACUAAUAGUACAGUAAUUGUUCUUUCAUUGGAUGGUCAUUCUCAUUUAGAUUUUUAUUCCACAUUACUUGAAAAAUUGCAAAAGGAGUAUAACACGGAUGAGGUGAAAUUACUUGGAGCACAAUUUGGAGUUAAAGAAGGCCUUUUCACGCAAAACCUACGUAGUGACUCACGUUUAGGUGGCCUUGCUAUAUUAUUUGUAAUUUUUAUUAUUCUAGUUUAUACUGAUAGCUUUUUUUUCACCCUCUGUAUUACUGCUGGAUUAAUAUUAUCUAUCGGUGUGGCAUUUUUUGUUUAUACGGUUGUUUUUGGAAUAAAGUUUUUUCCAUUUUUAAAUUUGCUUGCAAUGAUUCUUGUGGUUGCAGUAGGAGCUGAUGAUGCAUUUCUUUUCAUGUACCAAUACAGAAAACAUAGAAAGGAAGCGAGCCGAAAUUGGUCACCUGUACUAAAUUGUGAUAUAAAAAAUGAAAAAAACAAAAAUGCAGAUGAAGAGCAACUUUUGGAAUAUCGUCGUCGACAAGUAAUAUCAGGUCUUACUGACGCACUUUCACACGCAGCAAUUGCUAUGUUGGUUACGUCUGCUACAACUGCUGUUGCAUUCUUUGCUAAUUUAGCAUCAAAAAUUGUUGUUUUAAGAUGUUUUGGUGUAUACGCUGGUACGAUGAUGCUAAUCAAUUACGUAUUUGUAAUUAUUAUAUUACCAGCUGCCAUAAUUGUUAUUGAUGUAAAAGUAAAUUCAGUUGGUUUAUCCAAAUUUGGAAUGUCAAACAUAAAAUCAAAACUUUCUGGAUUUUGGCAUGUAUCUGCACUAAAAUUUGAUCUUGCAUUCAGUAAAAUUAUCCCUCAAAUUGUAUCAUACAUUCGUAUUCCAUUAAUACCAUUAGCAUUACUUGGAUUUGCAAUUUCUGUUUAUGCAAUUAUUGUAAAACCUGGAAUUCGAUUACCAGAAAAAAAUUCCAUGCAGUUUCUACGCUCUAAUCAUCCGUAUGAAUGGUUUGAUGAAAAUGCUGCAAGUUUAUUUGAUUUUUCAAAUGGACAACAGCCUAAAAUGACUGUAAUCGCUGUUUGGGGCAUUAAACCUACAACCAGCGCAAGUAGUCUUAUGCCAACAGAUAAUGGAUUCCUUGAUAGAGAUGACGGAUUUCCUGAUGCAUUAGCAAAUCAUCUACAUGAAUUUCAAACUUUACUUAAACAAGUAAAUUCUGAAACAAAUCCUGAUAGAGAAGAAGCCAAGUUAUGGUUAGAGGAUUUUAUUAGUUGGACUAGAUUGAAUACAACUUCAUCAACUUGUCGAUUAUUUGAUGCUAAGCAGUCUCAUAUUACUACAGCUGCAACAAAACUUGAUGGUGAUAUGCUUUCUCGAUGUUUUCUAAUGUACGGUCUUACUUCUUCACUUCCCAUAUUCAAUGAAUUACAAUUAAAAAAUAGUGAUGGACCAAUUUUUAAUCGAAAUGGUGAAUUUCUGGGUUAUUUUAUGCUGGCACAAAGUUCGUACAACUUUUCUACAGUUUUUCAUGAAAUGAAACCAUUUUUCGAUUUUUUAAAUGAUGUCCGAAGCACGGUUCAAAGGUCACAAAUAUCGGAAUUUGGUCGUCCUAUUAUACUAACUAGUCGUCAGAUGACAAAAUUAUACGAUUUAUUAGAACGGAUUUUAAAUGGUACUGCGGUAUCAGUGCUAAUAUCUUUGGUAGUUAGUAUGGUGGUUAUUGUUUUCACCACUUUUCAUUUCACUCUUUCGUUUUUAGCUAUUAUAUGUAUUGCUUCUGUUGUUGCUAUGACAAUUGCCGCUGUUUUAUGGUUAGGUAAUAUGGUUGCUUCUACGGUAGGUAUUCCGGUACUGUUAGCUGCAGUGUCAUCAUUCGUUGCGGGAUUAGCUUUGAUCGGUGCUUCAACUCAAGCAUUUUUCGAGAUUGGUGUUUUUUUAAUUUUUAUGACUACAAUAAGUUUCAUAGUUGCUGUGUUUGUCUUUCCUUCGAUGGUAACAUUGUUUUUGCAAGGUUGCUCAUCACACCAACGAACUACCAUUACACGUCUCUAAUU